GGACCGUCGAAGACCGAGGAGGGCAAGGCAGACUUGUCGGAGCGGUGGAACGUCCAAGCCCUUGGAGGAGGCUCGUCGCGGCAGGAUAAGUUCAUGAGGCUUCUUGGUGGCAAGAAGCACGGCGCGACUACAUCCAAUGCCGGCGGGAACGGCGGUCGCGAACAUCUCGACAUUGGCCAUGUGGUCAACGACCUCGAGCGACAGUUCGAGGCCGGCAUUCGCAUGAAAUUCGAGUCCAGCGGCCAGCGGAAGGGCCUGGGUGCAUAA